AUGAGCGCAUCCUCUUAACGUUCUGCUUAAAACAAACAAUUAAUGGAAGAAAUCGAUUCUGCAAUUGAAGACUUGAGAGAAUGGAAAAAGAAUGAGAAUCUUGAUUUGAAAAAACAACUAAUGGAAAACUAACAAACAAAGAAAAUCAUCUAUAAAAGUGGAUAUGAAAUUGAUGAAGAAGAAGAAGAGGACACAAGAUAAGAAGAAUUGCUCUAAUAAUAAGCAGAUCUAAAUAAGAAAUUGCAGAAAAUUAGACAAGAAUAUAUGAAGGAAUACCUUAAAAUUCCAAAAUAUAUGGCGAGUGAAUAAAAAACAUAAGAAGUAACCCAAAAAUUAUAAGAAAGCUCCCAAAGAUUAGAAAACCUAGAAAACUACCCAAUUAAUUAACUUAAUCUUAAUAAACUUGAUGAUGAUCUCUUGCUCAAACUUACUUAAUGGAAAGCUUAACUAGCCGAAAUAGAUGAAAUUUCAAAAGAUUAAGAAUCUGCACAAUAAGAUCCAUAGAGUAACAGCAAAUUUGAAAUAAAAAAUAUAAUAAGAAUUGGAUUAAUACUAAAAGGAUGA